AUGCCUCCUUUUGAAAAAUCUGACGUGCUUACCACGGAUAUCAAGGAACAUGUUUCAAUGGAUGAGCCAACUAAAGCAGGACCAUGGAAACACGAAUAUAUAGUACAGAAUAUAGUGUUCUUCCUAUAUUGCUAUAUAGCUGGCGUAUAUGGAGUUUAUCAGUGUUUUACAACCGCAAAAUGGUGGUCUGUUGUUUAUAUGUUUGUAGUAUUCGUCACAGGGACUUUGGGAAUUAUAGCCGGCGCCCACCGCCUCUGGUCUCAUAAGGCUUACAAAGCAAAGAAACCGCUGGAAAUCUUCCUUAUGCUGUGUCAUUGUUUAGCUUAUCAGAGGACGCUAGUAACCUGGGUAAGAGACCACAGACUUCACCACAAGUACAGCGAUACUGACGCCGACCCUCACAACUCGAGUCGAGGGUUCUUCUUCUCACAUAUCGGCUGGCUGCUGGUGAAGAACCACCCAGAAGUCGAGAAGAGAAAAGGCUUGGUUGAUAUGAGCGAUGUGUAUGCGAAUCCUGUGUUGAUGUACCAGAAAAGGAACGCAAAAUGGCUACUACCACUAAUCAGCUUUGGAGUACCCGUAGGCAUACAUUAUAUAUUAGGCGAAUCCUUCUCAGUUUGCUGGCACUUAAACAUACUAAGAUACAUGUUAGACAGCAACCUCACGUUUUUAACGAACAGCCUAGCCCAUUCGUGGGGUCAUCGACCUUAUGACAAGACCAUGGUAGCAUGUCAAAAUUUCCCACUCUUGCUAGCAACCAUGGGUGAUGGAUUUCACAACUUUCAUCAUGCUUUUCCAUGGGAUUACAGAGGGGCGGAGUUAGGUAAUAAUUGUAUUAAUCAUGUGACGAAAUUUAUAGAUUUCUGUGCUUAUAAAGGGUGGGCUUAUGAUCUGAAGGUUGCUUCGGAAGGUGUGAUUAGAAAUAGGAUGAAGAGGACUGGUGAUGGGACCGAUUUGUGGGGAAAGAAAUUGGUGGAGUUUUGAUGUAAUUUUUUUGGAUAUGCUAUGUAUUUUUCGAAGAUAUUUGGAAUAAGUUUUUUAUGUUUGUUUUGAAACUUUUUUGAAAAAUUUUAUAUGGAUUGAUGAAUAAACUGUCAAUAUAUGU